GUGCACUACAGGAAGUAAGGAGAGAGACAUGCAGUGUUUGCUGACAAUCAGAGUGCUGUGUGAAUAAAGCAUGUCACCAAUCGCCCUUUGCUUCCUCUAAUCCUUUAACUAGAACCCCCUGGAGCUGCUUCUGGUUACUGAUUUAUGUCAGGACCUUGUGGAUGCUCACAGACGCAGGGCUGCAGCCAGCGUGAUCCUCUCCCAUGGCCUCUGCUGCAUAUUACCUGGGCUUUGACUUCAGCACUCAGCAGUUAAAGGUUAUUGCUGUUAAUGAAGAAUUCCAAGUUGUCUAUGAGGACAAUGUCCACUUUGAUAAAGAUUUACCUGAAUUUGGGACACGAGGUGGAGUCCACGUCCACAGUGACCAGCUGACCGUAACUUCCCCCGUGUUAAUGUGGGUUAAGGCUUUAGAUUGUAUCUUGGAGAGAAUGAAAUCUUCUGCAUUUGACUUUUCCAAAGUGAAAGCUUUGUCAGGAACAGGCCAGCAACAUGGCAGCGUCUAUUGGAAAGAAGGCUCCAGAGCCGUUUUAAAUAGUUUACUACCUGAACGUCCUCUGCACACUUCACUACAGUCUUGUUUCUCUAUCUGUGACAGCCCUGUCUGGAUGGACUCCAGUACUGGUGCGGAGUGUCACCAGCUUGAAAAGUCUGUUGGCGGGCCCCAAGAACUGGCUUACAUUACUGGCUCGAGAGCAUAUGAGCGUUUCACAGGAAAUCAGAUUGCCAAGAUUUACAAACAGAAACCAGAAGCUUACUAUAAAACUGAGAAAAUAUCUCUGGUCAGCAGUUUUGCAGCAUCCCUAUUUAUUGGGGAUUACGCUCCUAUUGAUUACAGUGACGGUUCUGGAAUGAAUUUAUUAGACAUUCAUGACAAGACUUGGAAUGAGAAGUGUCUUGAAGCCUGUGCACCCGGCCUCAGAGAGAAGCUAGGGCCAGUUGUUUCAUCAAGCACUGUACUGGGAACGGUUUCUACAUAUUUCAUCCAGCGAUUCGGAUUUAAUUGUGAUUGUCCUGUAGUUGCAUUCACUGGGGAUAAUCCAGCAUCCCUGGCUGGAAUGAGACUAGAAGAAGGUGACAUAGCAGUCAGCCUUGGCACAAGUGACACUCUGUUUCUUUGGAUUCAAGAGCCCACCCCUGCUUUGGAGGGGCAUAUAUUCUGCAACCCAGUACAGCCUGAGGAUUAUAUGGCCUUACUAUGUUUUAAAAACGGCUCCCUCACGAGAGAGAAAAUCAGAGACAAGUGUUCAUCCGGCUCCUGGGAAGAGUUUGCUAAAGUGCUGAGAUUGACCCCCCCUGGAAACAAUGGCUGUCUAGGCUUUUAUUUUGACGUUAUAGAAAUCACUCCACAUGCAGUUGGCGUUCACAGGUUUAAUGGUGAAAACCAGAAGGUAUCCGAAUUCCCAAAUGAUGUGGAAAUUCGAGCUCUUAUCGAGGGACAGUUCAUGGCUAAGAGACUCUAUGCAGAACGACUUGGAUAUAAAAUAAUGCCACAGACAAGGAUAUUGGCCACCGGUGGCGCGUCAUGUAAUCAGGAUAUUUUACAGGUCUUAUCAGACAUAUUCAAUGCUCCAGUGCACACCAUUGCUACUGCUAACUCUGCCUGCCUAGGGUGUGCAUAUCGAGCAGCUCAUGGUCAUGCCUUGAAGUCAUCACCUACUUCCUUUGCGGAUGUUUUUAAACCAGCUCAGCACAAGUUAGUUGUUACGCCGAAGCCUAACGCAGAAAAGAUAUAUCAGCCACUUCUGAAGCGAUAUGCUGAAUGUGAGAGUGAAGUGAUCAAGGAGACCAGAAACAAAUGAAGAUUUAAGCUAGAAAUGGUUCUGUUAAAAAUAUCAAAGUAUUUGUGUUCUGUCAGUAUUGGCACUUUUAGAUGCAAUAAGUAAUAGAUCUCUAACAGUAUUUGAACACCACUCUUCUGAACUGAAUUCCCAGAGCACACCUUUGACUUCCCUAUUAGCUGUUGGAUAAAGGUACCCACCUGGGACAUGCCUUGGUCAGGAUUCAGGAAUCAAUUCUGAACAAAAAUGUUCCCCCAAAUUAUUGGAAGAAGGCCUUUCAUUUCAUAAAUUGCUUGUUUUACCAAGAACAUUUUGAGAAUUCUAGGUAUUAUACAGUAGAUGACAUCUUUACUGGGUAUUUCCCAAUAUUUCUGUCAAAUAUAGAUCUUGUUACAUUACUUUAGUGUUUGACAGAAUUUUCUCAACAUUAAACAUUUCACCAUUCAUCAUUA